GCAUCCUUACGGAACAAACCUACCCAGGUGUCCAAUCCGUAUAGCAAACAAUCCGUUAAGCAAGAACCAAGAACCAGAUAAUCGGUUGGCGAUGGGCAAAGGCAAAGGUGGUGGUUCCGGUGGAGGUGCUGGCGGCCAGGGUGGUAAAAAAGGAGCUGCAGGUGGCGGGGGCCAGGCCGCCAAAGGUGGAAAUGACGCUAAAGGUGGUGCUGUCGGUGGCAAAGCCGGAGCCGGUGGUGACAAGGGAGGAAAGAAGGGUGGUAAAAAGUGAAGCAUUGGCCGUCGGUACAUUCAACCCAUUCCCCGGUCACCAUCCCACUCCCACGGCCUUCCGCAAGCGAUAGGGAACGGAUAGGACCUAGCGUGAUUCGAUAUGUGAUUACCCCUCCGUCUGGACUGUGAAAAUUUGUCUCUCGCUCUAUACUUCUCGCUCUACCAAAGUGUAUUUAUCCGUUUGGCUUGCAAUGCAAUGUGUCCGCCGGAACAGCUAUCGUACCCCCGGUAUCGCUAUUGCGUGUAAUUACGAAAUUGUCCGUCUCAAGGCGCAAAUACUUUCCACUUUUC